AUGCUGCAAAGGAAGGCAAAAAACCCCAGGCCAAUGGCUGGAAACAAUGACACAACGGUGACUAGGUUCAUUCUCAUCGGAUUAACAGAUCGUCCAGAGCUUCAGGUCCCGCUUUUUGUAGUGUUUUCACUAAUCUAUUUUAUCACCCUGCUGGGGAAUUUAGGGAUGAUCUUGGUCAUUCAGAUCAACCCCCAACUCCACACUCCCAUGUACUUCUUCCUCAGCAACUUGUCCUUCUUAGAUGCCUGCUAUUCCUCCACCAUUGCUCCCAAUAUGCUGGUCAAUUUCUUAGUGGAGCGCAAAGCCAUUUCUUAUAGCGGGUGUAUUAUCCAAUAUGGCUUUUUUGCCAUAUUUGCCACCACUGAGAUUUUCCUCCUAGCCGCUAUGGCAUAUGAUCGCUAUGUGGCCAUCUGUAACCCACUACUCUACACAGUCACUAUGACCAAGAAGGUCUGCCUGAUGCUGGUCAUUGGGUCGUAUUUCUGGGGCUUUGUGAACUCUUUGAUACACACAAGUGGGUUGUUGAGAUUAUCCUUUUGUGACUCCAAUAUCAUUAAUCACUUUUUCUGCGAUCUCACCCCUCUCCUGAAACUCUCCUGCAGCAACAUCCAUAUGAAUGUGAUGCUGGUUUUCGUCUUUGGCAGUUUGUUUGAAAUAAGCACUUUUCUGAUCAUCAUUGUCUCAUACAUUCUCAUCAUCGUAGCCGUGCUGAGGAUCCGCUCUGCCGAGGGCAGGCGCAAAGCCUUCUCCACCUGUGCCUCCCAUCUGACAGCUGUCGCCAUAUUCCACGGGACGAUUCUCUUCAUGUAUUUCCGACCCAGUUCCAGCUACUCGCUGGAUACAGAUAAAAUGGCCUCAGUGUUCUACACAGUGGUGAUCCCCAUGUUGAACCCCCUGAUCUACAGCCUGAGAAACAAGGAGGUGAAAUGUGCUGUAAGGAAAAUGAUAGAGAGAAAAAUGUUUACUCCGUGA